CUUCUGACAUUUGUUCUUCGCUGAAUAAAAUUGUAUCUAUACUAAAUAUGUACAUUUUCAAUACAAAUUUCCUAUAAUAAUAUAAAUAAUUUAGUCAAAUCAAUUUACAAUGCACAGCUAUGGAAAUACUUUUGUACGCGGACCUUCGCCUUCAUACACGGAUGAUGCAACGUCGGAGAACGCUAUGUCAGCUACGCUUCCUAUGGAAUCGAAUCUUCAUAUGCAAUCCAAAGUUGAUAACUGUAUAGAAAAGGAAUUUAAUUGUGGCUACGAUGGCGGCAGUAACAGCGCUAUUAAAAAAGGCCGCAAAACGUUUGCCUUUUGGACAAUGUUCAUUAUACUACUGGCACUUACUAUAGGCAAUCUAAUACUUAUGCUAACGAUAUUUGGAGUAAUGCAUCUUGGUCGCGGCAUUAAUGGAAUAGAGAUAAUCCCUGAACAUGAUUUGGUGAAGUUUUAUGGUUAUACUGAUUUAGAUCGUGUAUACAGUAAACAAACUGGCCAAAUCGAUGGUUUUGUAGAUCAACCAGUCACCAUUACCGCCGAUGAUGGUGUCUAUGUACGUCUGCACAAGAACGGCCAGGCUUUCAAUCGCUUGACUCUAGACAAAUCCGGCAUCCAAUUUCAAUCAGUUAACAAUUUUGAAGUUAAAGAUUCGACUAGUGGCCACACUAUCUUCACUUCGCAUCGUCCACAUUAUAAUAUACCAACAGGUACUGGAAACUUACAUGCAAGAACUGUAAGCGCCAGCCGCAUAGCGAGCCCCAUCGAUCGUUCGCUCAAUCUGGAAGCAGAUUUAGGAGUUUCAUUUAAAGGCUCUGAAGGGAUUUCUUUAGACGCAGGAAAUAUCUUGCUUCAGUCAUUAUCAUAUGACAUGAUGGUCAAUUCAACCGAAGGUUUGACCAUUUUGGAGGCUGGUGCUGGUAUCUAUUUGGAUAUGGAUAAAAUACCAAUUGUCAGUUCAGAAUUCGGUUUACGCACUGGCAGUAUUCAAUACAAAAUUUGCGUUUGCAUGCCGAAGGGCAAGCUUUUUCGAAUACCAGUACCACGAACACGUAGUGGGCCCAAAGUAACCUGUGCACAUUUCAACGUCAAAUAUGAUCCAUGUGCUUAAAUGCUUACGUAUUUUUAUACGUAUCACUUAGUGAAAUCAUGCGUAUGUUAAUAUGAAAUUAUAUAUAUGUAGCUACUUAGUAAUGUUGUCGUAAAACUAACAAACGUUGAUUCAUUUAUCGAAAUAAAACUACUCGUAUUACGAGUAAUACGUAUACAAGUAUAUGUAUGUAUGUACACGUAUUUGCAUUGUAUUUAAAUAUUAAUAAUUAGCAAACUUGACAGCGCCUCGCUGCGGCUCAAUUUGAUAUGAAUUUAAUGGAAAAGUAAAUAAAAGCAUUCUAGUACAUAACUUUGUAUGUAAUCGUUCAACUAAAACUUGUCGUGUUUGUAACAGGAUCCGAUAGUCCCCAUAAUCUUGGAGAAUGCUGCUUGUUUGACAGUCCUUGGCUGGAUAUAAAUCCGGGUAGCCUUGAAAAGUACGCGCAUAUUCAAGAGCCUACUUAGAUCACAAAUUUAGUAAAAGCUAUUUCAACGGUUUAAAAACUAUAAAAUCUUUUGGGUUUUGAGGGCCACAUGCAAUCUUACAUAUUUACCUCACAAAUUUUAAGUGCUCUUUUUGUAACUCAAACGUAUUAGAAAACAUAGCGCACUUCUUAGGAGGUGCCCAAUUUUGAAACAAAUUAGAUGUCGGUACUUUGACCAAGAUGAAGUUGAUAAUAGAUUGAAUAGAAUGAUUCAGGCGGAUGGAAUCGUCUAAUUUUGCUUGUCACUAGCGCUUUAAACUAUAGACAGUUGAUUGUAAACGAAUAUAAUUAAGCUUUGCGCAAUCUGUUUGGAACAAAUUUUGUAUUAAAUGCCAAUUGAAUUGUGUUUUUUUCGACAGAUGACCAUUUAGAAUAUUGUCGUAUAUUCUUUACUAAAUAGUCUUUAAGAUUUUUAUGUAUAUUUCCAUAAUAAUGAAGAAUCUAUAUAUCUGAAUCCGGGCCGUUCGUAGCGUAGAAUAAAAAUAUGCCAACUAAAAAUAUUUUUAUUCAUGAAGCUGUUUUGCAUUUGGGCCAAAUCGAACCGUAAAUACAUUCCUACGACAGUCAGUUCUACGUAACCAGAACGACCCGGAUUUAUAUCCGGCCAAGGACUGUAACUUGAGCAGCAUUCCCCGUAUAUGUAUGGGGAAUGUUUAUGUGCUACAACAACAACAAAAAGUUUUAGAGAUAUUUCGAUCCCAGCGUCACUUAUCGAGUAGAUUUGGAACAAAAUAUUUCCCGUCUAGUAGCUAGUAUGUGUAUCCAGUUUGAGUCAAACUGGACUAUAAAUUCAUUCCCAUGGCAGCUGGUUCUAUGUUAACGGAAUGACUCUCAUUUUUCCCGUCAAAGGCUCCAGUAAAUUAGCUCUG